GCAACCUGCAACAUCAUAACUUAAAUCACAAUCGAAAACCAACUCAAACACCUAUUAAAACUCAUUUAAGGAAAUCCAACCGUGUCGUUCUUAUAAUUUUUUUCAAAUUUUUUACUGUGCGUGCAUCGGCAUAAACGAUUUGAAUCGCCAGCUGGCGGCAUCUAAAAUCCAAAAGGUAGAGAGGAGGUGCUAAUCCCACAAAGAGCACAAUAAAAUCGGCGAAAGUUGCAAAAUGCAUUCCACGGCAUGCGGCGUAGGUGCCUCGGCCACAAAUCUCUCAACACUGCAAUCCUCCAUCACCAUCUCACCGGGACCAGCGGCAACAGGAGCAGGAGCAGGUGCAGCAGCGGAUGCCCACAAAAUGGUGCACCACAGCAACGAGGAUGCCAUGAACAAGAUUCCGCUGAAGUCCGCCGGAGGAUUGGACUCCGACGAGGAGAAGAAUGGGGGCGAACUCAUGCAGGACACUGCUGCCGCCGAGGAGGCGCGUCGCGAACAGAUGCGUGUCAAGGUCUUGGCCUGGAUGAAAAAGCUAACCAUCGUGCUGAUCUGCUUUAUAGGCAUUGCCCUGAUCAGCUAUGUGAUCAUCAGCCUGUGUUUCAGUGACUGGCCAAAAUCGAAUAGAAACAGCACAACAACAACGACGACAACAACAACAACAACCACAGAGGCAACAAUAACAACAGCAGCAACAGCAACAGAAAUUGCACUUGCAACAGAUAUUGCAAAUAGCUCAGCACCACCGGCAACAGCAACAACAAUAGCACCACCGGCAACUGCAACCAAAUUUAGCACCACCACCUCCACCACCACAACAACAACAACAACAAGUACAACACCACUACCAACAACAACAACAACAACCAGCAGAACAGAAAGCAAUCCCAGCCCCACACUUAAAACAUUUCAUUUAACAGAUGAGCAGCAACAUGAGGCAGCGGAUGCGGAUGCGGAUACGGAUGCGGCUACGGAAAGCGUUGGCAACCUGAAUCUGGCCAGCACUCCGGCGGAGGACGCCCUGCCCAAUGUGGCCGCCUCCACGUCGGCAACCACAGCGGAACCGCCCGCCUGGCUGGCGGAUCAGAUCCGGAUCGACACCAGCGAGCACUUCGAGUCGGUACUCGGGGUCUACCAGCACGGAGCAGUGAGCUCCGACAACCUCGAGUGCAGCAAGAUCGGAAGCGGAAUCCUGCAGAAGAACGGCAGCGCAGUGGACGCUGCGAUCGCCGCCCUCCUCUGCAACGGACUGCUGACCCUGCAGAGCAUGGGUCUCGGUGGCGGCCACCUGAUGAACGUUUACGACCGGAAGGCUCAGCUCGCCACCGCCAUCGAUGCCCGCGAAGUGGCUCCCUAUGAGGCCACCGAGGAGAUGUUCGCUAAAGAUCCGGAGUCGUCCAACAAAGGACCCCUGAGCAUCGCUGUGCCCGGUGAGGCGAUGGGCUACCAUGUGGCCCAUCAGAAGUUCGGACGACUUCCGUGGGCGGAACUGGUGGCUCCGUCGCUGGAGCUCUGCGAGAAGGGCUACCAUGUGUCGCAGCACAUGGAACGGGCUCUGAAAUUCCAAUGGCCGUUAAUCAAGGAGCACGAGCAGUACGAGACUUAUCGGAAUGCCCAGACUGGAAGUCACCAUACCGCCGGAACGGUGGUGAAGCCGCCAAAGAAUCUCUGCAAGACAUACAAACUCCUCGCCGAAAACGGACCCAUGGACCUGUACAAUGGAACGUUGGCCAAGUUGCUGGCCGAGGAUCUGAAGGACGUGGGCAGUAUUAUUAUACCCGAUGAUCUGGAAUCCUAUGAGGCCGAUGUGAUCAACUCAAUCACCAUGCAUCUGGGCGAGGACACACUGUAUGUGAUUCCCCCGGUCAGUUCCGGUUCGGUGGUGGCCCACGCUCUGAGCAUCCUGCAGGGCUAUAAUUUCACCAAACAGGAUCUGGCCACCGAGGAGUUGAGGGCCCGUACUAUCCACAGAUUUGCCGAGGCCUUGAAGUUCGCCUUUGCCCAGCGCCCGGAAUUGGGUGAUGUGCAUUUCAUCGACACCCGAGAACUGGUUAGCCGGCUCAAUAGCGUGGAUUUUGGGGAACAGAACCGGGCCAAGAUCAACGACUCCCAUGUCCUGCCCGAUGCCCAGGCGUACGGUGCCAACUCUGCCCCCAAAGAUGAUCCCUAUGGCACCUCCAACCUGGUUGUUUUGGCCCCCAACGGAGAUGCCGUGUCCGUGACCAGCUCCAUUAAUCAGUAUUUCGGCUCCGGACUAAUUGGACCUCGCACGGGCAUUGUGCUGAACAACGGCAUGAACGACUUUUCGGUGGAGAACAACUUCUUCGGAUUGCCCCAGUCGGCAGCCAACAAAAUCGAGCCCCACAAGCGGGCCAUGUCCUCCCAGUCGCCGGUUCUGCUGGCGGACAAGGCGGGCGAUAUGCGAUUGGUCAUCGGAGCAGCCGGGGGCAGCAGGAUCAUUCCGGCAGUGGUGGAGGUGGUCGCCAAUGUGCUGUGGUUCGGCGAGGAUCUGCGCCGGGCCAUCGAUGCGCCGCGGUUCUAUCAUCAGCUGCUGCCCGAUGUCCUUGAGUACGAGGAGGGUGGCUUCCCGGAAAUGGUGCUGCAACUGCUGGCCAAGCGAGGCCACACAUUGAAGCCCAUUUCCAGGAUCAAGGGAUCGGUGGUCACGGCCAUUUCAAGGAAUGCCACAGCCAUCUAUGCGAAUGCCGACUAUCGCAAACGCGGCGGCGUUGCAGGUUUCUAGGGUGUCACUCAUCCAUCCAAGCACUCACACAGUCACCCACACUUCACACACACCACACACACACACCCCCCACACACACACACACACACCACACUGCAUUGAGAUUAGAGUGGACCUUCCCAAAAAGAAAGCAAGAGAGAGAGCAUUUUCCAUGGAACAAGAGAGUCAGCGAUCUAAAAUCAUUGGGAAGGUCUGGUUUAGAGAGCGGUGAAGCAGAUCGAUUCGCAUCAAGUGAAAGUAUUUAAGCUAGCUAUGUCUUUUUUACAUACUAUGUAUAUCGUACGUUAUAUAAAUUUAUAUGCUACUACCUAACUACUACCUUAUACAAUAAAAACAAAAAGAAAACCAA